AUGGAUUUUUUUGAUGACCCCAGUGUCUUUGGUGGAGGUCUGGAAGGGGUAAGUGUCGAUGGCUUCCCCUCAGCUCCGUCAUUUGUGGAUGAGCUCAACCUCGGAACGGACUUUGAGCCCAUCCAAGUUGAGCCUCACGUUCCAGGGAAGAACCAAGACAUGAUGCUGCCAGUGUCAUCCACAUCCUCCCAACAAGAAGUAUCCUCUUACAAUCAUCAGAUGGGACACUACAUUGGAAUUAAGGCACAAAAUCCUGUUGGGCAGUCAUUUUCCAGAACGGGGAAUACUGGUGGCAUGGUGGCAGAACAACAAGUCCAGUACAACAAUGCCCCUGUGAGCCAAGUACCUCAAUCCAAUGGGUUGUUCUUUAACAGUAACAGCCCUAUGUGGGGUAACCACGACCAGAAUGGUAGCAUGUACCAUCCUUUGUCGCAGCAGCAGCAAUUGUACAACCAACAAAUACAUGUUGGACAGCAACAAACGCAUCACCAACAUCAGCACAGAAUGCGUCUGCAGCAGCAACGGCAAAGUCACCCGCAACAGCUGUUUAACCAGCGGCAGCAUCAACAAAUGAACAUGCAGAAUAUAACUCUGGAGCAACAGCACAAUUUCCCCUUUCACCAAGGGAACCAGCCUCGAAGCCAAGUUCACCAUAGUCCACAGCAGGCCCAACAUGAGCUAACUGUAGUCGGAAGAAGGUUUCAUUCAGCGGUUGUGCCAAGUCAAAGUGACACUCUGCCGGGAUCUUGCUUGCAGCAACAGCAGCGCAGCUUCUGUAGAUUAGGAAUGGCUGAAAGUAACCCACCUAUGGAGUCGUCAUCUUUGGUCCACUCACUGCCUACAUACUCUGUGAGUUCUGUCACCACUUACCAAGCAGCCCAUUACCCCACCUACCCUGGAGAGGCAGAAAUGGGCAGUCUGAGUCGGCCGUCUUUGUCCUCAGUGUCAACACCGUCUAGGCCCGCUGCCACUGCCACUCCCCUUGCAGCAACUCUACCGGAGCUCCCAGGGGCUGCAUGUCAGUUUCCAUCUGCCUCAGUUAUGGGUCAACAGCAUGCUCAGAACUCUGUUAACCAGGCAAAGGAAUGCAGUUUCCGGGAUUUACACUCUCAUGGAGAAACACAGGGAAACAACAAGUGUUCCGAGAUGUUUGGAGAAUCCAUGAGCUGCUACCAGAGUGUGACAUACCAGUUGUCCUCUGAGGAGCCUCAUUGCUCUGGAACCAUAAUUGCUAAUGGCUACCCGUCCCUAGGAGACAGUCUCUUGGCAUCGGAGGCCCAGGAUGAAGAUUUGGCGGGGUUGGAGCCACCCGACCUCCUCCCUGACUUACUGCCCCAGCUAGAAGCUGCACUCAGCCAACCAGAUCAAUCUAAUGGUUCCUGGGCAGAUUCCAGCCAUGCAUGGGGGAACGAACAAAAGGCACAAACACCUGUUGGACAAAAGAAUGAUGAGCCUCGAAAGAACACCAAUGGUCCCACGAGUCACGUCAGGGCCCUCAGUCCUGUGAUGAAGAGCAGUUCAUCAUCCUCUUCAUCAUCCUCAUCAUCAUCAUCCUCCUCCUCGUCCUCAUCCAGUUCUCCAUCAGAGAAGAGGACGCCGCGGCGGACGCUGCAUCAUCAAGAUGUUGCACCCUUCGACAAGCAGGAAAAGGCCAAUCGGAUAAUAUCAGAGGCCGUAGCUAAAGCCCGACAACGUGGAGAGAAGAACAUCCCGAGGAUCAUGAGUCCCGAGAGCUUUCCCAGCUCGUCGUCACAGCACAAAGGUCAUCAGGCGCAUAAAGGAAAUGGCAAAGUGCGGUCCAAAUUUAAAGCCUCCAGGAAGGCCUGCAUCGUCCCUCCGUCCGCCUCCAAGCAAAAGCCCAAGAUCGGGAAAAUUGUAAUCAAGAUAGGGAAGAAGAAGAAGCGAAAGCCCGACUCUUCCGAAGAGGAGUCAGAUGAAGACCCUCCGCCUCGACACACAUCUAAAGACUCGAAGAGACGCUCUAAUCGUCAGGUGAAGAGGAAGAAGUACGCCGAGGAACUUGAAGCCAGGCUGUCAGAUGAAGACGGCAAAGUGAUUGUCAAAGCCAAGAAGGCCAAUUCCACGCCAUCCAAGCAGCCUGCAGUGCAACUCUUUGUGGAAAACCCCAGUGAAGAAGAUGCCGCCGUCGUGGACAAAAUCAUGUCCUCUCGUGUCAUCAAGAAGGAGGUUUCCCCAGGAGUUGUAGUCGAAGUGGAAGAGUUUUUUGUCAAGUACAAAAACUACUCCUAUCUCCACUGUGAAUGGGCCACAGAGGGCCAUCUGGAGAAGGACAAGAGAAUCCAGCAGAAGAUCAAACGCUUCAAGAUGAAACAGGCGCAACGGGCACUCUUCUUCGCCGACAUGGAAGAAGAGCUCUUCAACCCAGACUAUGUUGAGGUGGACCGCGUGCUUGAGGUGUCUUAUUGCGAGGAUAAAGACACCGGGGAGGAAGUGGUCUACUACCUAGUUAAAUGGUGCUCCCUGCCAUAUGAGGACAGCACAUGGGAGCUAAAGGAUGACGUGGAUCAAAGCAAGAUUGAGGAGUUUGAGCAGCUGCAGGCAGCCAAGCCGGACUCACGUAGGGUGGAACGGCCCCCAGCCAACCUGUGGAAGAAGAGGGAGCAGUCGCGACAAUACAGGAAUGGCAACAGCCUCAGGGACUACCAGCUGGAGGGGGUCAACUGGUUGCUCUUCAAUUGGUACAACAGGCGAAACUGCAUUCUGGCAGAUGAGAUGGGCCUGGGAAAGACCAUCCAGUCCAUCACCUUUCUGGAAGAGAUCUACCGUGUAGGCAUCAAGGCUCCUUUUCUCAUCAUUGCCCCGCUGUCCACCAUUGCAAACUGGGAGCGCGAGUUCCGCACUUGGACGCACAUGAAUGUCAUCGUGUACCACGGCAGCGUUGUUAGUAGGCAGAUGCUGCAACAGUAUGAGAUGUACUUCAGGGAUGCACAGGGCCGUGUGUUGCGAGGCACCUACAAGUUCCAGGCUGUCAUCACCACGUUCGAGAUGAUCCUGGGGGGCUGCCCUGAGCUCAGUGCCAUUGAGUGGCGCUGCGUCAUCAUCGACGAAGCGCACCGCCUCAAGAACAAGAACUGCAAGCUGCUGGAAGGCUUCAAGCUUAUGAGCCUGGAGCACAAGGUCCUGCUGACAGGCACUCCGCUUCAAAACACAGUAGAAGAACUUUUUAGCCUGUUGCACUUCCUGGAGCCGGCGCGUUUCCCAUCGGAAAACACUUUCAUGCAGGAGUUUGGAGACCUCAAGACUGAAGAACAGGUACAAAAGCUGCAGGGCAUCUUGAAGCCGAUGAUGCUCCGACGCUUAAAAGAAGAUGUUGAGAAGAAGCUGGCACCCAAGGAGGAGACCAUCAUCGAAGUGGAACUCACCAACAUCCAGAAGAAGUAUUAUCGUGCCAUUCUAGAGAAGAAUUUCUCCUUCCUGGCCAAGGGAGCAGGGCAGGCCAACAUGCCCAACCUGGUCAACACAAUGAUGGAGUUAAGGAAGUGCUGCAACCACCCCUACCUCAUCAAAGGGGCAGAAGAGAAGAUCCUGGAGGACUUCAGAGAGGUCUGCAGCCCAGCUGCCUUGGACUUCCACCUGCAAGCCAUGGUACAGUCUGCCGGAAAGCUGGUCCUCAUUGACAAACUUUUGCCCAAGAUGAAGGCUGGCGGGCACAAGGUGCUCAUUUUUUCACAAAUGGUGCGCUGCUUAGACAUCUUGGAAGACUACCUCAUUCAGAGAAGGUACUUGUAUGAGCGGAUAGACGGUCGCGUUCGCGGAAACCUGCGGCAGGCGGCCAUCGACCGUUUCAGCAAGCCCGACUCAGACCGCUUCGUUUUCCUGCUAUGCACGCGAGCCGGUGGCUUGGGCAUCAACCUGACGGCAGCGGACACGUGCAUCAUCUUCGACUCCGAUUGGAACCCACAGAACGACCUCCAGGCUCAGGCCCGCUGCCACCGCAUUGGUCAGAACAAGGCGGUGAAGGUGUACCGACUGAUAACCAGGAACUCAUACGAGCGGGAGAUGUUCGACCGUGCCAGCCUCAAGCUAGGUUUGGACAAAGCGGUAUUGCAGAGCAUGAGCGGCCGCGACAACAGCCUGGGAGGAGGUGCCUCUGGUGGAGCAGGAGGCACAGGGGGUGGGGCGGUACAGCAACAGUUGUCCAAAAAGGAGAUUGAGGAUCUGCUGCGACGUGGAGCCUACGGCGCCAUCAUGGAUGAGGAGGAUGAGGGUGCCAAGUUUUGCGAGGAGGACAUCGACCAGAUCCUCCAGCGCCGAACCAAGACUAUCACCAUCGAGUCCGAGGGCCGAGGGUCCACCUUUGCAAAGGCCAGUUUUGUGGCAUCCGGGAACCGCACAGACAUCUCUCUGGAUGACCCCAACUUCUGGGAUAAGUGGGCUAAGAAGGCUGACAUCGAUAUGGAAAUGGCCAAUGGCAGAAACAGCUUGGUCAUCGAUACACCCCGCGUCAGAAAGCAGACGAGACCCUUUAGUUCCACAAAGGAUGAGCUGGCUGAGCUGUCUGAGGGUGACAGCGACAGCGACGACACCAAGCCCAAAGUCAGGCGAGCCCAUGAGAGGCCGAACAGCUAUGGCCGCACAGAAUGCUUUCGUGUGGAGAAGAACCUGCUGGUAUACGGGUGGGGCCGCUGGAAGGACAUCCUCGUCCAUGGACGUUUCAAGAAGCAGCUGACCGACUGGGAUGUGGAGUCCAUCUGUAGGGCUCUGCUGGCCUACUGCCUGGUGCACUACCGUGGCGACGACAAAAUCAAAGGGUUCAUGUGGGACCUGAUUGCUCCCGCCGAAGACGGCCGCACCAAGGAGCUCCAGAAUCACUUGGGUCUGUCUGCACCUGUUCCUCGUGGACGUAAAGGCAAGAAGAUGAAAACCCAGUCCAGUUCGUUUGACAUCCACAAGGCUGAGUGGCUUCGGAAGCACAACCCAGAGCACAUGCUGCAGGAUGACGGCUACAAAAAACACCUCAAGCACCACUGCAACAAGGUGCUGCUGCGAGUCAGAAUGCUGUACUACCUGAAACAAGAGGUGAUAGGCGACGAGGCGCAGAAAGUUCUAAACAACGUGGAUGCUAGUGAAAUCAAGAUCUGGGUGCCAGAGCCAGACCACUCAGAACUGCCAGCCUUGUGGUGGGAUACUGUGUCUGACAAGUGUCUGCUCCUGGGAGUCUUCAAGCAUGGUUAUGAGAAGUACAAUACCAUCCGAGCAGACCCCGCACUGUGCUUCCUAGAACGGGUUGGCCGACCGGACGACAAGGCUAUUGCUGCUGAACAGAGAGGCAACGAUUUUAUGGACGGGGAUGUGGACGAUCCUGAGUACAAGCCUGCUCCGGCCCUGCUGAAGGACGACAUGGAGGAUGACGCCUCCUCUCCUGGAGACUUGGUUGUCACUGACAACGCCGGAGACUCUGUUCCUGGAGCAACUAGCGCCUACUGGCCUUCGUCUUCCUCACUCACUGCCCGAUUGAGGCGUCUGAUCACGGCCUCACAACGCUACACCAAGAGUCGGCAGAUCCUACAAAUCCAUCAGGUGCAGUCGCAUUCGCAGUCGCAGCUGGCCAUGAUGAUGUCUGCGCCGCUCGGCCCUCCGCCACCGUCGGCGCCGCUACUGCUACAGCCAGCGGCUUUCAGUGACCCGCUUAACACCAAGAUGGCUGCCAAGAUUGAGCGUCAACAAAGAUGGACCAGGCGGGAAGAAGCCGACUUCUACCGGGUGGUCUCCACAUUUGGCGUGGUUUUCAACCCGACGGUGGGCCGCUUCGACUGGACGAAGUUUCGUGCAAUGGCACGGCUGCACAAGAAGACUGACGAGAGCUUGCAGAAGUACCUGUGCGCAUUCGCCGCCAUGUGCCGACGGGUUUGCCGCCUGCCACCCAAAGAUGGAGACGCUGCAGUGGACCCGUCUCUCAACAUCCAGCCCAUCACAGAGGAGCGGGCAUCGCGCACCUUGUACCGGGUAGAACUGCUCCGGCAGGUGCGAGAGCAAGUCCUUCGCCACCCGUUGCUCUACGAACGCCUGCCACUGUGCCAAAUCAGCUCCGACUUGCCCGCGUGGUGGGAGACCGGCACCCACGACAGGGACUUGCUCAUUGGCGCCGCCAAGCACGGGGUCAGCCGCACGGAUUAUCACAUACUCCGAGACCCAGAUUUGGGCUUUAUGGCAGCCCAGCGUGCCUACAGCCAGACAAAGGCCGUGCCGCAGCAGCAGCAGUCAAUGGGGUUCACGCCGCUCCUGCAACCUCAGUACCAGGCUUCGGCUGUUUCAAACCCUACCCCAAAGGACAUGGAGACCGGCGGGGCAAUGCCGAAGGUAGAGCCCCUUUCAGAAGGAGAUGAAAGCAGAGAGAAAGCGAAUGAUAGCUGCAGUCCCUCCAGAGCACCGGACACUUCCACAGGAGCUCCGGAGGACAAACCCGACAGUGAAGGGCAGAUGGUGGCAGCAAGGACAAAGCCUCUUACGCCCAACUCCUCUGAGAGGAAGCCCAAAAAGGCUAGCAAGAGGGGCCGCAGGGAGAGGCGGCCCUCGGCCACCGACUCGGACGGCUCAUCGUCCAGCUCUUCUUCGCGCUCCUCUUCAUCUUCCUCAUCCUCGUCUUCUUCCUCGUCCCGCUCCGGGUCUAGCUCGUCGUCAUCGUCGUCUUCUUGCUCUUCUGGGUCUUCGUCAUCUUCCUCGUCGUCCUCAUCGUCAGAUGACAGUGACAGCGAAGGAGAGAACGGGAAGAAGAAAGUACCUGAAGCUCCAAGCGUGAAGGGCUUCGACGAGGACAGCGUGGCCUCUUUAGGUGCCAUGCACCAUGAUGCUCAAGAUCCCCACGCAGCCCAAAAUGGCGUCACGAGCAGCGUGACACAUCAGUUCCAAGCAGGAGCUUACAUGCUGGCUGCCUCCCAUUGGCCAAAGGACCGCGUCAUCAUCAACCGUCUGGACAGCAUUUGCCAGGCGGUGCUGAAGGGCAAGUGGCCGGCCACGCGGCGCAUCUACGAGCCCGGCGGCCCCGUGGCGUCUUUCUACACAACCAAGCUCCUGGACGGCAGCCUGUGCGAAGACCCUUCGGCCUCGCCACAGGGGUCUAAGGUGACCGAGCAUGUUGCAGAAAGCAAGGAGUUCUCAGUCAAGAUGAACGAUCAGGAGGGAGGUCUCAAGUUGACCUUCCAGAAACAGGGGCUACCUCUAAAGAGACCUCUAGACUCUGAGGAGGGACCCCUAGCCCAGCAGCAGCAGUAUCUGGCCCGGCUCCACGACUUGCAGAACGCCUCUGACACGGGCCUGGCUGACAUUACCAAGCCACAGUGCAGCUUCCAGAAUGUGCCUCCAGGUCUUGCUGGGACAAUGAGGCUGAACGGAGUGCUAGACAGCCAGCCAGUGGUUAAGCGGCGACGAGGGAGGAGGAAGAACGUAGAGGGCAUGGACCUGCUCUUCAUGAAUAGGACGCACGUUCCAGAUCAGGCGGCUCCCGGUUGGGGCGGUAUCGGCCAAGUGGGCAUGGCUCCCAUGACAGGGUACAGCCAACAGACCUCUGGACCGGGCCCGGAAAAUGAGGACAGCAGGGUCCCGGUCAUCAACCUCAAAGACGGCACCCGGCUGGCUGGGGAUGACGCUCCCACCAGGAAAGAUCUGGACCAGUGGCUGAAGGAACACCCCGGCUUUGUGGCUGACACGGGCGCCUUCAUCCCUGGCAUGAACAAGUUGCCUCUCAAGUUCCACGUCCAAGACGGGCGACCCAAGCAGAAGAGGCACCGCUGCAGGAACCCCAACAAGAUCGACGUCAACAGCCUGACAGGCGAGGAGCGAGUGCAAAUCAUAAACAGGAGGAAUGCUCGUAAGGUCGGUGGAGCUUUUGCGCCUCCUCUCAAGGAUCUGUGCCGCUUCCUUCAGGAGAAUCCAGAGUAUGGCGUACCGCCGGAAUGGGCCGAUGUCGUCAAACAGUCGGGUUACCUCCCAGCCAGCAUGUUUGACAGGAUCCUGACCGGUCCCAUCGUUCCCGAAGAGGUGAGUCGACGAGGGCGUCGUCCGAAGAAUCCUCUAUUGAAGGCGGCGGCCAUGACGCCGAGCGCGACGGCGGCGGCGUCCUCUGCCCUAGGCCUCAGCCCACUUUUGGCUAACGGGCUCCUGGCAGGCAUGGACCUGAGCAACCUUCAGGCCUUCCAGCAGAACUUACUCACCGCCGGCCUCAUGGGCCUGCCCCCCUCGGACGCCGGAAACCUGGCGGCGAGCAACCUGGCCGCCAUGUUUCCCAUGAUGCUUUCCGGCAUGGCGGGACUGCCUAACCUGCUGGGCGUGAGCGCCUUGCUCGGGAACAAUCAGGAAGGAGGAGGCGGAGGCUCGGAGGACAAGGAGACGGGGACUGGCGCUGCCACGGGAGAGCCGUCUGCCAGUGCUGGAGAACGGACAGAAGGCGCAGACGUCCCCGUCGCGUCCUCCCAAAGUGCCUCGUCCACCUCCAGUCCUCCUCUUCCACUCAACCCCUUGUUGCUGUCAAGUAUGCUUUACCCAGGGAUGCUUCUCACUCCAGGCCUUAACCUCCCCGUGUCCAACACACAGCCCGACCCCGCGCCACUCCCUCCUCCUCCUCCAACUCCUCCUCCGCCUACUUCUUCCCAAGCACCCGCCGUCAAAGUGGAAACGUUAGAAGACGACGACGACGAUGACGACGACGACGAUGAGGAAGAGUCGGCCGAACCCAAAGACAACAGCGGCAAAGCAGAGUCGUCUUCAUCCGAGUCUGGUAGCUCCUCCACUUCCUCAGACGACUCCGACUCCAGCAAGGACUGA